AUGGACCACCUAACAGCGAACGGAGUGAUGCUGGGUAUCUUGCCCAAGAAGGGCGAAGAUGUUGACCUGGUCGGGCCCAUCCGCAGCUACGUCGAGAACACUUUCUCUCCCGAAGAGGCGACGUCGUCGGAGGAGGAUCUGACGAGGCUAGGCCUGCUCAGAUCCGAGACGGUGGCGAACCAGCAGACCCACGAGCAGCGAAGGGAGACCCUCCUCGCGUACUAUCGCGCGCUGUGCGUCGUGGAGUCACGAUUUCCCAUCAGCAAGCAGUCGGGCCACAUCGACGUCUCGUUUUCCUGGGCGGACGCGUUCAAGACGCACAAGAGGGUGUCCAUCGCGAACGUGCACUUCGAGAAAGCCGCCGUGAUCUUCAACCUCGGCGCCAGCUGGUCCCAGCUCGGCCUCGCCGCGGACCGCGCCACGCCGGAGGGGAUCAAGACGGCCGCGCACGCGUUCCAGCAGGCGGCCGGGGCGUUCGCCAUGCUGCGCGAAGACGUGCUCGGGAAGGUUGGCGGCGUGGGCGGCGGGGAUGCCACCGCGGAUCUCUCAGAGGAGUGCGCCGGCAUGCUCGUCUCCCUGCACCUGGCGCAGGCGCAGGAGUGCUUCUACGACAAGGCGGCGACGGACGGUAAGAGCACCGCGGUCUGCGUCAAGCUGGCGCAGCAAACGCACCUGUUUUACGAGGAGGUCAAGACGGCGCUCGCGUCGCCGCCGCUGAGCGAACACCUCGAAAAGUCGUGGUUGGCGCACGUCGCGGCAAAGUCCGCGAUGUUCCACGCCGAGGCUCUCUCCCGCGCCGCGAAGAUGGCGGAGGAGGACGACGAGGACAUCGGAUCCGCCAUCGCCCGCCUGCUCGUCGCCUCCACCGAGCUUCACGCCGCGCACAGGAUGGCCAAGAACACGGGGGGGAUCAGCGUCCACUGCGUAGGUGCGGUUGCCACCCUGCGGGACGCGGUGGACGAGCAGCUGCGCAGGGCUCAGCGAGACAACGAGUGCGUGUACAUGGUGCGCGUGCCCGCAUACGAAGACGUCGCGCCGCUCGGUGCUGCGGCCGUGGUCAAGGCUGUGCGACCCCCCGCGGAGGCGGUGGACGCGGCGACGGAGGACAUGUUUGCCGCCAUAGUGCCGGAGAGCGGCUUUAAGGCUCUGAGCAGAUACACGGAGAAGGUGGACGCACUCAUCAGGGAGGAGAACGACGUGCUCGCCCUCGCGAGCGACGAGGCCAGGGUCGCACUCCGGGAGAUGGAGCUCCCGGAGCUCCUCAUCGCCGCGGAGGCUGGCGCGCAGCCCGAGUCGCCCCCGGGCUGCGGCCAGGACUCGGCCGCCGGGUCGGGCGGCGGGCUCCCGUCGCCCCUCGACGAGGAGGUGGCGUCGAUUCAGGGCGCGGGCGGCCUCGCCGCGCUGAGAGGGGGGCCGCCCCGCCUCGCCGAGAUGAACGAGGCGUGCACUCAGCAGAUUGGCGCGGCCCAGUCCGAGCUCGACGCCGAGGCGACGGAGGAUGAGGCGUGCCGCGGAACGUACGGACCCGGCGUGUGGACCCGGCCGCCCAGCGCCGGGCUCACGGUUAACCUGCGCGAAAAGCUGGCGUCGUUCAGGAAUAACCUCGCGCAGGCGGCCAGGAGCGACGAUUCCCUCAGGAGGCGCAUCGAAGACGGCGUGGAUGGGGUGUUGGGCGUGUUGGAUCCCGUCAACCUGGCGGCUGCUGCGCCCAAGCUUCGCGCGCCGAUGCUGUCCACCCUGGAUGACUCUGGCGCGCUCCCGUCGCUCCGCGCGGCGCUCGAGGACUUGGAGGCGGUCGGCGGCGAGCGCGCGGGUAUCGAGGAGAUGAUGAGGCGGAUCAAGGAAGACGACAACAUCAUGGGUAAGGUCAUGGCCAAGACAGACAACUACGAUGGCUUGUUCAAGACCGAGCUGGCCAAGUACGACAAGGCCCGCGAAGCGAUCGCGACGAACGUGUCGAGCCAGGCGGAUAUCUUAUCGCGGCUGCGGGCGACGCACGCGAGGUUCACGCAGAUGUACGACGUCGACGCGUGGAGAGCCGCGACGGAUGCCCACGCGUCCUCGGUGCGCGCGGCGGUUGCGCACUAUCGGGAGCUGUCUUCCGGGUUGGAGCAGGGUCUGACGUUCUACAGCGGGUUCGCGGAGGCGGUGAACCGUCUCGCGGGGGAGUGCGAGGGGUUCGUCGAAAACAGACGCAGGGAGAAGGCGCAGCUCGAGGGGGUGGUCGCCAGGAGGGCCGAGCAGGCGGCCGCCGUCGCGCAUCACCAGGCUGCCGCGGCUGCCGCGCAGCAAAACGCGGCUGCGGACCAAGCUGCUGCGCAGAGGGCUAUGGCCGAGGCGCAGGCGUCCGCGGCGGCGGCGCAGAUCAGGAACAUGUCGAUGUCUGCGCCCCCUCCCGGGCCGGCCCCGCCGCCGGGCAUCGCCGUCGGGGCUCCCCCAUCGCCGCACGGGUACUACUCGCAGCCGCAACCCCCCGCGUACGGCUACCCUCCAGCGCCGCAAGGGUACCCCUCGGCACCGCAGGGGUACCCUCCAGCGCCGCAGGGGUUCCCUCCUCCCCCUCCUCCUGCGAAUUAUCCGCAGCCGCCGCCCGGAGUCGGACCUCCAUACGGUGGCUACCGGUGA